UGACGUUCCGUUUCCAAAAAAUAUGUUCAGCUUCAAACCAUUUUUUGGACUUCAAAAUGCAAAUGAAGUAAACCUGACUGAGCUGUUUGGUAUACCAUUCUACCUUAUCUUAUUUUCCAAAUUUUGAUAUAUCAUACAAAGACCUAUGAAUCUUAACAACAGAUGGUCACACAGAUAUUAUAGGGAGCGUUAGGUCAAUCCAUUUUCCUAGACCACGUGAGAAUAAUGGAGCCACCCAAAAAUUGGUUGAAAUGGUCUUGGAAGACCCUGAGUAUGUUGUUCAUAAUUUUUAUGUAUUUUUUAAUUUAAUAUCAAUUCUUUUUUCAAAUAAACAAUAAUAUUUUCGUAAAAUUUUAAACACCCGUGCCAUACAGCCAACAAAAGAUAAGGUGCACUCUCUGGGCUGAUUUUGUUGAUGCAAUAAGGCGUGGGGUAGAAAAGACUCCUAACUUCAUGGUAAUCGUUGUUCAAAUGGUUCACCCAAGACUAUACAAAGGUGAAGUGUGCAUGACCAACAGUUACCACGGCUCAAAGCUGAUAAUCAAUGGUAAAGACCAAGAGAUACUGGACUUCAAGGACAAGUUUGACUUGCAUGGUGAUGAGGGUUACAAUGGUUCACCCAUUGUUGUGACCACAGAAGAAGAAGAGGGUUCGGGAGACGAAGAAUUUGUGGCAAUGGAAUCCCUCUUCCAGGAAAACUUGAAUGGCCGAUUCUGGGUUGCCGGUGAAGUCGUUGAUAUAGAAACUGGAGAUGGAUGGUGGUACUUGGCUUGCAGAGAAUGUGCAAGGAAGGUGGCACCAAAAUGUGGCCGUUUUGAGUGUAUAAAUCCAGGAUGUAAAAACCGUCGUGAUGCGGUCAUGAGGUUUGAUUUUCAAGACUAAGUAUUAAAGUUUGGCAGUUCAAAUUUUAGCAUACUUUCAAAAAGUGCUAACUCUAAAAUCCGUAAACAAAGUACAGGUACAAAGUCAAGAUAAGAAUUAUGGACAAAACAGCAAACGCUGCAUUUAUUCUAUGGGAUACAGCUUGCCAGGAAUUAUUCGGGAAAAAGGCAGCUACUAUGGUUGGGGACACGGUAAGAAAGAUAAGAAAGAUUAUAAUUCACUUAUCAGGACAUAUUUUGGAAUACCUAUAAAGAACUUUUGGAAUAUAUCUUUGAAAAGAAAGAAGAAGAUGGGUUUCCUUUGGAAAUAUUAAAUUUGAUUGACAAGAAAGUGAUUUGUUUGGCUCAAGUACAAAAUGAAAGCACAAAGAGAGGUGAAACUGCUUUUAGUGUUCAAAAGAUUAAGCUUGAAAAUGAGAACAUAGCACAAGUGAAUGGGGAAACUUCGCAUGCUAAGGAAAUGGAGGAUUCCUUUGAUGAGGAGAACAAGAAAAACAAAGAAAACUGUGAUGAGAUUGACCUUACUGUCAACGACAAUGUGGAAGCAGAUGGUGACACUACCACAUGCAGUAAAAGAGGUGCAGAAAAGGUAGGAGAAACUCUUCAGGAGAU